AUGCUAUUUGUCACAGAAUCCAAAUUCAUCAAUAUCUCCCACCCUCGCAAAUUGCUCUCCCUCAUAUAGGAUUACGAACUCAAAUUCCGUCCUGACUCUCCUAUCACUCAAAAAGCCAUGGAAAGUCUAGGAUAAGAUCGUUAUCACUUUCGUCGAAAGAAUAAGUUCGAGUUGCAUUAUGAUUUUGAGAUCCAAAAAAUCCCAUAUACUGAAAAAGACCUCUAGAGGGCCUAUCUAAAUUACUUGAGAGAGCUCAUCAUGGAUUACUAGAAUCUCUUUGAUGGCAGGAAACGAAUCAAGGCUGAUUUUCAAAGGAGGCAGAGAGAAGAAGACGAACUCAGAGGCUAGUAUUUUCAUAUUCUCAAACUUAGUAAGUGGCCAGAACCUGUGAAAACCAAAAGGUUUAUAAGCUCAUUUGAAAUACUCAAUUUGGAUCAGAAAUUGCAACUAAUUGAAGACGAGAGGAACAAAGAACAAAAAAUUAAUGAUUGCUUUGCUAAAUAGGCAAUUAAGUAGGAAUUGGACAGAAGACUCAAAAUACAAGAAAUCUCGCAAAGGGAAGAGAAACUACUUGCUACGCGUAAAGAGACCUUUGAUAAUCUCAAGAAGAAAGCAGCAUCGGAGAAUAAGAAAGUUUAUGAGAAAUUAUAAAUUCAUUAAUAAAAAGUCAGGGAACAAAUAGAAAAUGAUUUUCAAAAUUCAAAAUCUAUUCAAGAGAAAAUGGAAGCCAAAUAAUUUUCAAUUCAAUAACAAAGAACUAAAAUGAUAUCUGAGAUUGCCUCUCGCAAUCGUAAGUUAGAAGAUAAGAUUAAUCAUUUUAAAGAUGAUUUCGGUAAUCGUUUGAUGGAGGAUCUUACGAGAAAACAACAAGCUUGA